CGCAGACGGCCACCCGGAACGAUGAUCGCAAUACGAGUCAAGAAGCCCUGUCCGACGACAGUGGUCCAUACUUUUAUGGAUUGCAUUUGCUGACUGCAUGUUUUGGACUCGGAUUCAGUCUUUUCCUACCCAGCGUCGAAACCGCGAUGGUCAGCACCUCGUUGAUAUCCAUCACCGAUGACCUCGAUCAAUUCUGGCAGAGCAGCUGGGUGAUCACUGCAUACCUCUUGACAUACACGGGAUUCCUCAAGGUGUGGACGAAACUGAACGAUGCCUUCGGCACUAAACCAGCCUUGCUAGCUGCAUUGACAAUAUUCAUCGCGUUCUCUGGAGGGUGUGGAGCGUCACAGACCAUGAGUCAAUUAAUCAUAUGUCGGGCGUUUCAAGGCGUAGGCGGGUCGGGCCUCUACUCGCUCAGCCUAUUCGCAUUUGUUCGCAUCGCAGCCCCCAGCAAAAGUUAUAUUGUGAGCAUAGUAGCCGGUUCGGUGGUGUCUCUGGGCCUCAUGCUCGGAUCAAUCUUUGGAGGAGCGUUGAGCUCCGUGCAUGCAUGGCGAUGGAUAUUUCUUUUCCAUGUUCCCGUUGGCGCGAUUGCCUACGUGCUUAUCUGCAUUUCCAUCCCGACUCACUUCCCCCGUCACUGUGAGGACCCGCCUGCAUAUGCAAGUUUCCGCGAGAUGAUACACGACAAGAUACCGAGCCUGAAAACCCUGGAUCUCUUCGGGAUGGGUCUCCUUCUGGCCGCGUCCUUUCUCCUUGUCGCAGCCCUGACCGAAGCAGACGUGCGCUACGGCUGGUCUUCAGGAUCCACCAUCGUAUGCCUUGGUCUGUCGGGUGUGGCCUGGGUAGGCCUGUUCGCCUGGCAAUGGUCUAUCGGUCAGGAACAGGACAAGGCAAACCUUGAGUCUCUGAUUCCAUGGUCCUUGAUACAGAACCGAGUCCGUUUAGCCGUCGUACUAGGCUUCUUCCUGACCGGAUCUGCGAUGAUGAUCACGCUGAUUCAGAUCCCCCAGCGCCUGCAGCUCGUCAACCAACUUACCCCUCUAGACGCCGGGGUGAGGAUCCUGGCCUACACGGCCGUGCAGCCUCUCGGAACGAUGCUUACCACCAUCCUGGCCAACAACUUCAGGAUACCCUUUGUCUAUAUUCUGCUUCUAGGCGCUUCUCUGCAAACCAUCGGGAUGUUCCUGUAUUCAGAAAUUACGACCUCGUCGCAUCUCUGGCCGGGCCAGUAUGGAUAUUUUGUCAUGACAGGGUUGGGGAUGGGCACCUCCAUUGCGUGUCUGUGUAUGAUGGUUCCGCAGGUGAUAAGGACGGAAGAUCAGCGCCCAGCGAUAGGAACAACAUUACAACUCCGCACUCUCGGAGGUGCCCUGGGAGUCGCCAUCGCCAAUAGUGUUUUCCGGCGUUAUAUCAUGUCCCAUGCAUCUCAGAGUCUUGAUUUGAAGGCAUUGUUUGAUGUCGCUAAAGACAUCCAUGAUCGAGUAUCGAGCACUCAGUCCUCGACGACCCUCGUCUUUGCAGAGGCUUAUAACAUGCAGAUGAAGGUAGUGGGCGCCCUCUCUGCUGCACAGAUUCUGGUUGCUCUCCUGGCUUGGAGGCGCGAGCAAGUGCUAUUAGAUAGAUAG